AUGCAGCGGGUGUGCCAGCACGUGACCGCGUCGCUCCCGCAUGGCGCUCGCUGUCUACGCACUGCGCGUGGCGGUCCCCAGCGUCACAGAGACCACAUGAAGAGGAUAGAGAAGAUGCAAGCGCAGGUACAGGCUCGAGAUCGAGCUCGCCUGGACCAGCGUCAACGCGUGCUGGAAGCGCGGGCCCAGCCGCCGGUCAUUCCGGCUUUCAUUCGCGUACGGGACUUGGCAAAGGCGUUGCGCCAGCCGCUGGACAAUGUACUGAAGCAUACAGUGACCAAGUCGAACCGUCGAUUCCAUCUCAAGACGAAGAACCACCCGCCAGCUGAGUUUAAAGGCGUGAAGCAGAUCGUGCUGCCCUUCCGAGUGGCUCAGGAGGUCGCGGAGCAGUUUAGCGUGCAAGUAGCGUACGAUGACGUGGAGCCGGAGCUGCGGGACGUGCUGUCGUCUUGUCACGAGGACAUGCGUUUGGGUCGUCGACAGCCAGUCAUUGCCGUCAUGGGCCACGUGGACCACGGCAAGACGACGUUGAUGGACACUCUUCGGAGCCAUAUGAAGACAAGUAGGAAGCAGAUUGCACCAUUCGAGAAGCAGGGAAUUACGCAGAAGAUCAAUGUAUGUGAAGCGACAGUGUCGGACGAUAUGAAGGCGACGUUCUUGGAUACACCUGGCCAUUUCCACUUUUUCCGGAUGCGCUCGAGCGCAGCGCAAGUGGCAGAUGCUGCGCUGCUGAUCGUUGCGGCAGAUGAAGGCGUGCUGCUGCAGACGGAGGAAUCGAUCGGUGCGAUCGAGGAAAGUCGACUGCCGGUGGUGGUUUGCAUCAACAAAGUCGACUUGUUGGGCGAAGACGGUGACAAGCGAGUUGCUGAUAUUGUGGAGGAACUGCGCUCGUUUGUCGCCCUGAAGGAAUCUCCCGUGCUGAUGAUAUCAGGUAAGACAGGGGUUGGACUAGACGACUUGCGGCACACAGUUCAGGGACUAGUGAGUGAACUGGCAGAUAACCGCAAGCUGGAUGCACUAGUCGGGUCUCAAGCGCACGCCGAGGGACUUGUGCUGGAAAGUGUGGCGCUGAAAGGCCGUGGAACAGUACUACGUGUGCUGAUUAAGAAUGGGGAGUUAGUCGCCAAGCAGCAUUUCGUAGCUGGCAUGAUUCAUGGCGUGGUCCGUAGCAUGCACGACGCCGAAGGCCGCGACGUCAAGCGCGUGUUGCCCGGAACAGUUGUGGAUAUCACGUAUUCGAACAAGUCGAAGAACGUCGAUGCACCAAAUGAACACGGCUUCUUUGUGCUUCCUGAAGCGCGUGCAAAGCAGGUGCUCGAACAAAGGGAACUUGCCCUGGAGUUUCGUGACUGCCUGCUACCCUACGAUGGUGGUGCACACGCAGAGGCUAAUGCUGAGUAUAGGUCUACGGAUGCCGAACAGGAGAACCCAGACGUGCUGCGUGCUGAAGGAAGUAGCGAGCAAGCCGAAGACGACAUUAUUGACGAAAACGAGUUGAUCGCAACGAAGUCGAUCAUUGUGAAAGCUGAUGGUGCGGGGUCGCUAACGAGCAUCCAAGACACGGUGGAUGCGAUGCCCGGCAUAUCGACUGUGCGACUGGGCAUUGGCAAUAUCUCGGUGAAGGACAUCGACACGGCUAUCAAUGGCGAGUGCCCCAUAUUUGGCUUUAACGUAAAGCUGCGCGACCGCGAGGCGAAGUUGGCACUGACGAGAGGUGUGCGUGUUAUCUUGCGCUCUACCGUGCAUGAGCUGAUCGAAGAGAUUGCUGCUUUUGAGCAGUCUGAAGCGGAGGAAUCGGACACAGCAGGUGCAUGA